AUGAAAACAAAGUUGUCUGUAAGCAGUCUCGAAACAAUAGUGUAUGAAGAGCUGCUCAAGUACAAUGAAAAGCCGCUUACUCUGAUGAUAUCAGGAGGGUCGAUACUUCGAAUACUCGAAUGCGCCACAGUUGCGCAGCUUAACAAAAGAGAAUGGACAGUUUUCUUCGCAGACGAAAGACUCGUUCCUCUGACAGACCCUCAGAGCAACUACAAAGACGCAGAGCUCUUCCUGCAGGGUGUAGGCGCAGUCCACCCGUACAAUACUUCGAUACCGCAGGAUGAGAUGGUGAGCGAGUACAAAGAGCUUCUCCAAAAUGCAAAAGUGGAUUUGGCUUUCCUUGGGAUAGGAGAUGACGGACACAUUGCAUCGAUAUUCCCAGAAUCACCAAUAAUCGACUCUAAUGACAUUGUAACAAUCAUCACAGACUCGCCAAAGCCUCCAGCAGAAAGAGUGACUGUAACCCCAAGGCUUCUUACGAUGAUAAAGAGAAUAGUAUUCCUCGUUCCAAGGCUCGCCAAUGGCCUCCUGAAGAGCGUGACAGAGCCGCACUUCUCCAUUCUCUCCCGGGUGAAUACGGACAUAGUAAUAGCAACUAUAGACCCGCUCUCAUAG